UAUUUUAUUUUUAUUUUAAUAUUAAAAAUUUUUAUUUACGAUUAAUUUACAGUUCUUUGCUGGAAAAAUUGGCCACAAAUUAUGUUAAUGAAGAAUCUACAUCAUUCAUGGAUCAUCAAAGACGACUAAAAAAUCCCCUUAUUGCCUAUAACGAAAGACCAACAACACAAAUUGCAAGGAAUAUUGUAAACGAUAUUCCAGCUGUUUCAUCAUCAUCAGCGGCAAAACGUGGUCCUGGUCGCCCUCCUGCAAGCUCGAGGAACGUAAAGGCAUAUCAUGUUGAUAAGGACACGAACGGUAACUAUGUCUUACCGGUCGAGGUAGGACUUCACACGAUCCUUAGUUUAGGAACCGUUGUAUACGAUCGUGCUGCGUAUCACAACGAUCGAUAUAUAUAUCCAGUCGGGUAUUCUACACAUAGACCAUACCUGAGUAUGAUAGACCCGACUCGGGAUACAAUAUAUACCUCGACUAUUGAAGAUGGCGGGGACAACCCAAGAUUUGUAGUUCAGGCUGCUGAUCAGCCUGGAAACCCAAUAACCGCAAGCAGCGCGACUGGUGCAUGGACCCCUGUUAUUAGGCAAGCUAAUAGCAUUCGAAAUAGAAAACAUUCAAACGCGGCUUCCGGACCGGACUAUUUUGGGUUAUCGCAACCCACAGUCCGAAAAAUGAUACAAGAGCUACCGAAUGCACAUAAAUGCAAAAAUUAUAGGAUGCAAGAAUUUGAAGUGCAUCCAAUUGGUACUCGUGGUCGAGGAAAGACAAACAGAAAGGCUAAAUAUUAAUAUAUAGGGAUUGGGAUACGUUAAAGUAAAAGGAAUGAUUUUAAAAAAAAUUUUUUGCUUAAAUUCUUAAAUUUUUUAAUAUCAAAAUUUUUUAUCGGUACCUGCGGUAUAUACACAUACAUAUAUGUAAGUCAUCUGAAUUCGGCAGGGUAAAAUUGUUUGAAAGGACAAUAAUUGAAAAAACUUUUUAGUAGAUAAUUUCAUUAUCGUGAGCAUUUUUAUUAAUAAUUAAUUUCGUAAUAAUAAUUUUCGUGUGAUAUUGUUCUUGUUCGCAAGAAACAUGAAACAAUUGAAACAUAUAUUCACUUAAAAACUCUGUAAAUAAUAUAUUUUUUUAACACGCGUUUAAUCACGUGCUCGAUAUUAAAAAAUUAAAAAGUGGUUGCGUUUGGAAUGCACAAGAAUAAAAAAAAAAAAAUACUUAUUAUAAGGUCAUAUGAAUUCUAUUUUAUUAUG